GUGUGUGUGUAUAUGUGUAAAUGUAUGCACUUGGUAUAGAAGGAAUUAAGACAGCCACCAGCUUUAAGUUGAUAAGAUCAAUUGUUUUCUCCUUGAGAGCUGCCAAAGGAGAAGAAGAUAGAGAUGCCAUCAUCAAACACAGGUUUAGAUACAGCUGCCUUGUUAUCAGAGGCAAAUGAGCAUGAUCGAGGAAGGUGGUGGAAGAAAGUAUUGGACUUGCACGAGGCCAAGAAUCAAGUUAUCUUCUCACUUCCAAUGAUUCUUACAAAUGUUUUCUAUUUUUCCAUAACUAUGGUGUCUGUCAUGUUUGCUGGACACCUUGGAGAGCUUGAGCUUGCUGGUGCAACACUUGCAAAUUCUUGGGCCACAGUCACCGGCUUUGCUUUCAUGACAGGACUAAGUGGAGCACUAGAGACACUUUGUGGUCAAGGAUUCGGUGCAAAAAUAUACAGGGUGUUGGGAAUUUAUCUCCAAGCAUCCUGCAUCAUUUCUUUCCUUUUCUCUGUUUUCAUAUCAAUCUUAUGGUUCUACACCGAGCCGAUACUUGUCUUGCUCCGACAAGAUGCUCAAAUUUCAAAAACUGCAGGCUUGUACAUUGGGUAUCUCAUUCCAGGUUUAUUUGCAUACGGCUUCGUGCAAAACAUUUUGAGAUUUCUUCAGACACAAAGCGUUGUAAUGCCCCUGGUCUGGUUCUCGGUCCUUCCAUUGGGCUUUCAUUUCGGCAUUGUGUACUCUUUGGUCAAUUGGACAGAUCUUGGUUUCAAAGGAGCUCCAUUAGCAGCUUCAGUUUCACUAUGGAUUUCAUUUCUUUUGCUAGCUGUUUAUGUGUUUUCUGCCAAGAAAUUUGAGCAAACAUGGCAAGGAAUGUCGUUUGAAUCGUUUCAGUACAUUCUCACAAACCUGAAAUUAGCCCUCCCUUCUGCAGCAAUGGUUUGUUUGGAGUACUGGGCGUUCGAGCUUCUUGUGUUGUUAGCAGGCUUGAUGCCUAAUGCAGAAGUUACUACUUCAUUGAUUGCAAUGUGCGUGAAUACAGAAGCCAUUGCCUACAUGAUUACUUAUGGCCUUAGUGCUGCAGCAAGCACAAGGGUUUCAAAUGAGUUGGGAGCUGGACGUCCUACUCGGGCAAGGAAUGCCAUGGCUGUCACACUCAAGCUUUCCGUCCUUCUAGCUCUUGCAGUUGUCCUUGCUUUAGCAUUUGGUCAUAGUAUCUGGGCUGGUUUCUUUAGUAACAGCUCUAUAAUUAUAAAGAAAUUUGGGUCAAUGACACCCCUGCUUUUGAUCUCAAUAACAAUUGAUUCUUUUCAGGGAGUCUUAUCAGGGGUGGCCAGAGGAAUUGGUUGGCAGCUCUUGGCAGUGUGGGCUAACUUGGGUACUUUCUAUUUCAUUGGAAUGCCAAUUGCAGGCCUUCUUGGAUUUAAGUUUAAGCUUUAUGAUAAGGGUUUGUGGAUAGGCUUAAUAUGCGGUCUCUCCUGCCAAGCCGGUGCCCUCUUGUUGAUUACCUUGUAUAGAAAAUGGACUAAAGUUGUGCUUUAAGCAGAAAUCGGCAAGGAAACUGGCAAUUGCAUUUUAUGUUGGAGCAUUGAGAAUAUUAAUAAAUAUUCAUUGGGCCAAAAA